AUGAGCCUUUCAUUCUGUGGCAACAACAUUUCUUCAUACAAUAUCGACACUGGUGUUUUACAAAACACCUGCUUUGUGGAUGCCCUCAAUCUAGUUCCUCAUGUCUUCCUGUUGUUUAUCACUUUCCCAAUCUUGUUUAUUGGAUGGGGUAGUCAAAGCUCGAAAGUACAAAUUCAUCACAACACAUGGCUCCACUUUCCUGGACAUAACCUGAGAUGGAUUUUGACGUUUGCUCUCCUAUUUGUGCAUGUUUGUGAAAUAGCAGAAGGCAUAGUUUCAGAUUCACGGCGGGCAUCACGCCACCUCCAUCUCUUCAUGCCAGCCGUGAUGGGAUUUGUUGCCACUACAACAUCAAUAGUGUAUUAUCAUAACAUCGAGACAUCAAAUUUUCCUAAAUUACUUUUAGCCCUAUUCCUAUAUUGGGUAAUGGCCUUUAUUACAAAAACUAUAAAAUUGGUCAAGCACUUGGAUUCUGGUUUGGGAGUAUCAGAUCUGCGUUUCUGCAUCACAGGCAUAAUGGUAAUCUUGAAUGGACUCCUGAUGGCGGUGGAGAUCAAUGUCAUUCGGGUCAGAAGAUAUGUAUUCUUCAUGAAUCCUCAGAAAGUAAAACCUCCUGAAGACCUCCAGGAUCUGGGUGUGAGAUUUCUUCAACCAUUUGUAAAUUUACUGUCAAAAGCAACAUACUGGUGGAUGAACACACUUAUCAUAUCUGCUCAUAAAAAGCCUAUUGAUCUGAAGGCAAUUGGAAAAUUACCAAUUGCAAUGAGGGCGGUAACAAAUUAUGUUUGCCUGAAGGAUGCAUAUGAAGAACAAAAGAAAAAAGUAGCAGAUCACCCAAACCGCACUCCAUCUAUAUGGCUAGCAAUGUACAGAGCUUUUGGACGUCCAAUUCUACUUAGCAGCACAUUCCGUUAUCUUGCUGACUUACUGGGUUUUGCUGGACCACUCUGUAUUUCUGGAAUAGUGCAACGUGUGAAUGAAACCCAGGAUGAGACAUCAGGAGACAAGUAUACAGAAACCCUCUCAUCAAGGGAAUUUCUUGAAAAUGCUUAUGUUCUAGCAGUCCUUCUUUUCUUGGCCCUUAUCCUGCAAAGGACAUUUUUGCAGGCUUCCUACUAUGUAACCAUAGAGACUGGCAUUAACCUCCGUGGAGCUCUGCUGGCCAUGAUAUACAAUAAGAUCCUUAGGCUCUCUACGUCUAAUUUAUCCAUGGGUGAGAUGACCCUGGGACAGAUCAAUAACUUGGUCGCCAUUGAAACCAAUCAACUCAUGUGGUUCUUGUUCCUGUGUCCCAAUCUAUGGGCUAUGCCUGUUCAGAUCAUAAUGGGAGUGAUUCUGCUCUAUAAUUUACUUGGAUCAAGCGCAUUGGUUGGUGCAGCCGUCAUUGUGCUCCUUGCGCCAAUUCAGUACUUCAUUGCUACAAAGUUGGCAGAAGCUCAAAAGAGCACUCUUGAUUAUUCCACUGAGAGACUGAAGAAAACAAAUGAAAUAUUGAAAGGCAUCAAACUUCUUAAAUUGUAUGCCUGGGAGCACAUCUUUUGCAAAAGUGUAGAAGAAACAAGAAUGAAAGAACUAUCCAGUCUCAAAACCUUCGCCCUUUAUACAUCACUCUCUAUCUUCAUGAAUGCAGCGAUUCCUAUAGCAGCUGUUCUUGCUACGUUUGUGACCCAUGCGUCUACCAGCAAGACCCUUCUAAAACCUGCAGAGGCCUUUGCCUCACUGUCUCUCUUUCAUAUCCUGGUCACUCCAUUGUUCCUGCUCUCCACAGUGGUCAGAUUUGCAGUGAAAGCCAUCAUAAGUGUUCAAAAGUUAAAUGAGUUUCUCCUUAGUGAUGAGAUUGGCGAUGACAGCUGGCGAACUGGUGAAAGUUCUCUUCCUUUUGAGUCCUGUAAGAAGCACACUGGAGUUCCAAAGACUAUAAACAGGAAGCAGCCUGGAAGAUAUCACCUGGACAGCUAUGAGCAAUCAGCGCGACGUCUACGUCCUGCAGAAUCGGAGGAUAUUGCAAUAAAGGUCACAAAUGGGUACUUUUCCUGGGGCAGUGGCUUAGCUACAUUAUCCAAUAUAAAUAUUCGAAUUCCAACAGGUCAGUUAACCAUGAUUGUGGGCCAAGUGGGCUGUGGGAAGUCCUCUCUUCUUCUUGCCAUCCUAGGCGAGAUGCAGGCACUGGAAGGAAAAGUUCACUGGAGCAAUGUAAAUGAAUCUGAACCUUCUUUUGAAGCAACCAGAAGUAGGAGCAGGUAUUCUGUGGCUUAUGCAGCUCAAAAGCCUUGGUUAUUAAAUGCAACAGUAGAAGAAAAUAUUACCUUUGGAAGUCCUUUCAUCAAACAGAGGUAUAAAGCCGUCACAGAUGCCUGUUCUCUUCAGCCAGACAUUGACUUACUACCAUUUGGAGACCAGACUGAAAUUGGAGAGAGGGGCAUCAACCUGAGUGGGGGUCAGAGGCAAAGAAUCUGUGUGGCACGAGCUCUCUAUCAGAAUACCAACAUUGUCUUCUUGGACGAUCCAUUUUCUGCCCUGGACAUUCACUUGAGUGAUCACUUAAUGCAGGAAGGGAUUUUGAAAUUUCUCCAAGAUGACAAGAGGACUCUUGUUCUCGUGACUCACAAACUGCAGUAUCUAACACAUGCUGACUGGAUCAUAGCCAUGAAAGAUGGAAGUGUCCUAAGAGAAGGAACUUUGAAGGACAUUCAAACCAAAGAUGUCGAGCUUUAUGAGCACUGGAAGACACUUAUGAACCGGCAAGAUCAAGAAUUAGAAAAGGAUAUGGAAGCUGACCAAACAACCUUAGAGAGAAAAACUCUCCGAAGAGCCAUGUAUUCAAGAGAAGCCAAAGCCCAAAUGGAGGAUGAAGAUGAAGAGGAAGAAGAGGAGGAAGAUGAGGAUGACAACAUGUCCACAGUAAUGAGGCUCAGGACUAAAAUGCCAUGGAAAACCUGUUGGUGCUAUCUCACUUCUGGAGGAUUCUUCUUGCUCUUUCUGAUGAUUUUCUCUAAGCUUUUGAAGCAUUCAGUCAUUGUAGCUAUAGACUACUGGCUGGCCACGUGGACAUCGGAGUACACUCCAAAUAGUUCUGAGAAAGCUGAUCAGACCUACUAUGUAGCUGGAUUUAGCAUACUCUGUGGAGCAGGUAUUGUCCUCUGCCUUGUUACAUCUCUUACUGUAGAAUGGAUGGGCCUCACUGCUGCCAAAAAUCUUCAUCACAAUCUCCUCAAUAAGAUAAUCCUUGGACCAAUAAGGUUCUUUGACACCACACCCCUGGGACUGAUUCUCAAUCGCUUUUCAGCUGAUACAAAUAUCAUUGAUCAGCACAUUCCUCCAACUUUGGAAUCUCUGACUCGCUCAACGCUGCUCUGUCUGUCUGCCAUUGGCAUGAUUUCUUAUGCUACCCGUGUGUUCCUGGCUGCUAUUGUGCCUCUUGGAGUUGCCUUUUAUUUUAUCCAAAAAUACUUCCGAGUGGCCUCUAAGGACCUCCAGGAACUUGAUGACAGUACCCAGCUUCCUCUGCUUUGUCACUUCUCAGAAACAGCUGAAGGACUCACCACCAUUCGGGCAUUUAGGCAUGAAACCAGAUUUAAGCAACGUAUGCUGGAACUGACGGACACAAACAACAUUGCCUACUUAUUUCUCUCAGCUGCCAACAGAUGGCUAGAGGUCAGAACGGAUUAUCUGGGAGCUUGCAUUGUCCUCACUGCAUCCAUUGCGUGCAUUAGCAUGUCUUCCAAUUCUGGAUUGGUGGGCUUAGGUCUUCUGUACGCACUUACGAUAACCAACUAUUUGAAUUGGGUUGUGAGGAACUUGGCUGACCUGGAGGUCCAGAUGGGGGCAGUGAAGAAAGUGAACAGUUUCUUGACUAUGGAAUCUGAGAACUAUGAAGGCACCAUGGAUCCUUCUCAGGUUCCAGAGCAUUGGCCACAGGAAGGGGAGAUCAGGAUUCAUGAUCUGUGUGUCAGAUAUGAAAAUAAUCUGAAACCUGUUCUUAAACAUGUCAAGGCUUACAUCAAGCCUGGUCAAAAGGUGGGCAUAUGUGGUCGUACUGGCAGUGGGAAGUCAUCAUUAUCCCUGGCUUUCUUCAGAAUGGUUGAUAUAUUUGAUGGAAAGAUUGUCAUUGAUGGGAUAGAUAUUUCAAAACUACCACUGCAUACACUACGUUCUAGACUUUCAAUCAUCCUGCAAGAUCCAAUACUAUUUAGUGGUUCUAUUAGAUUUAAUUUAGAUCCAGAAUGCAAGUGCACAGAUGACAGACUCUGGGAAGCUCUGGAAAUUGCACAGUUGAAGAAUAUGGUCAAAUCUCUACCAGGAGGUCUAGAUGCGAUCGUCACUGAAGGUGGGGAGAAUUUCAGUGUUGGACAAAGGCAGCUGUUCUGCCUUGCGAGGGCCUUUGUCCGCAAGAGCAGCAUUCUCAUCAUGGAUGAAGCGACAGCUUCCAUCGACAUGGCCACAGAAAACAUUUUGCAGAAAGUGGUAAUGACAGCUUUUGCAGACCGCACCGUUGUUACAAUAGCUCAUCGGGUUCACACUAUUCUGACAGCAGACCUUGUUAUUGUGAUGAAGCGAGGAAAUAUUUUAGAAUAUGACACUCCAGAAAGCCUCUUGGCACGGGAAGAUGGAGUAUUUGCUUCUUUUGUUCGUGCAGACAUGUGA